GCUCCCACGCCGGGCCUCGGCUCGUCGGUUCACCACGUUGGUUGACAUUGGCUCUUGACGGCGCGAUGAAGCUGCUUCUCCGUCGUCACCCUCCCUCACCAUUCACAUCUUGCCUCGCACGCCGGGAUUGACAGAGCCACCAUGAAGAUUUCAGGGCGAACGUUUAUCGUGUCCGGAGGCGCCUCGGGCCUCGGGCGUGCCUGCGUCGAGGACCUCAUCAAGCACGGCGCCAACGUCGCCAUUCUCGACAUGAACGAGGACGGCAAGGAGCUCGCCGCCGAGCUGGGCCCGUCGGCCAAGUUCUUCGUCUGCGACGUGCUGGACUCGUCGUCCGUCUCCGAGGCCGUCCAGGGCGCCGCCGACUGGGCCCAGCAGGCGAGACGGCCCGUGGGAGGCGUCAUCCCUGCCGCCGGAGUCUCGACGCCGGCCACGGUCCUCAACCGCGACGGCUCCCCCUUCAGCCUCGACGACGUCGACUUCGUGCUGGGCGUCAACCUGCGCGGCACCAUCGACCUGGUGCGCCAGGCGGUCGCGCACAUGGCCAAGGCCGACGCCGACGCCGACGGCGAGCGCGGCGCCGUCGUCAUGGUGGCCAGCUCGGCGGCCUUCGACGGGCAAAAGGGCCAGGUGUCGUACUCGGCGAGCAAGGGCGCCGUGGCCUCGAUGACGCUGCCCAUGGCGCGCGACCUGGCCCGGCACGGCAUCCGCUGCAACACCAUCGCCCCCAGCCUCUUCGAGACGCGCAUGACGAGCGCCAUGUCGGCCAAGGUGCGCAAGAGCCUCGAGGCCACCUUUGAGUUUCCCCGGCGCGCCGGCCGCCCCGACGAGUUUGCCAUGCUGGCGAGGCAGUGUAUUGAGAACUCGAUGCUCAACGGGACUGUGAUUCGCAUCGAUGGAGGGUCGAGGCCGAGCAAGAUCUAGGGCCUCCCCUUUUUCUUGCCCCCCCCCCCGUUUUUGGCCUUGUAUAUAGAUGGCAUUCAAUCACGCAGUGUCACAACUUGCCUCUGCCGUCCUGCUGUACGUGGAUGUGGGACUUGUACAUAGAGAGAAACGGAGGCCCCUUGCCUCUUGGUCGGUUACAGAGCAUCCACGGGUAAUUGAUUUGCA